GUAGCCAUCAGCUAAUGGUCUUCUUCCAUGAUGCCUGGGCAAUUUUCGAACUGCUUGACAAACGAUCACACAUCUACUCUUCCCGACCACGAAUGGUCAUGCUAGGAGACUCUCGUAACGCUACGCACCGCGAUCAGCCCGUGUUACCCUACGGAGAUAUCUGGCGGCAUCACCGCCGUCUGACGCAUAACGUUGUAGGCUCCCAGGCCGUGCGCGCCCAUCGCCCAAUCCAGGACAACGAGAUUAAAGUCCUACUGCGGGACCUUUUACAACAACCAGAGCAUUUUGUCAAGGCUAUUGAACGCUACUCUGUAUCCGUCGUUUCCUGUGUUGGGUUUGGCCGCCGCGUAAGUAAAAUGGACGAUAUUGUCGCGCAGAUGGCUCUCAAAUUCAUGGAGGGUGUCGACCUCGCGAUACCAGGGCAGUUCCUGAUGGAGUCGCUACCACUACAUCUCCAGCUUCCCCGACUAGUUUAUCCGCUUGCCUCACGAACCCUAGAGAAUAACCGUAAAAUGACGCGUUUCUUCACCUCCUUGUCCCAGGAGGCGGCCACCAGCUCCACUGCCUCGCAGCAAUCCUUCUCCGCGUCACUGAUCAAAGAAUAUGAGAAGGGAAAGCUAACGGAUGAAGAGAUUGCAUUUCUCACGGGGAAUCUGAUCGGCGGUGGUGUUGACACCACCUCCAGUACGACAAUCAGCCUCGUCUUCGCCAUGUGCGCAUUCCGAGAUGUGCAACAGAAAGCCUACGCAGAGAUUGCCACAGUCGUCGGAGACGACCCGAUGCCCGAUUGGAGCGACGAGGAGAAUCUACCAUAUUGCCGGGCCCUGGUGAGUGAGUGUCUCCGCUGGCGAACCGCAACGAUCCUAGGGGGCAUCCCGCACGCCCCGAUCCAAGAUGAUGUUUACGAAGGGUACACAAUCCCCAAAGGGACGUGGAUUGCCGGCAACAUACCAGAGCGCUUUCUUGGGGAUCGACGCCCGUUUCCGAACAUAAAGGGUCAUAGUGCGUUUGGAUGGGGAAGAAGACAUACCGGGAAGGAGGAAACGCUCGAUAUCUUUGCAUUCACCGAAUCGGAAAAUAUACGACCGGAAGCGUUUUGUGCCCGCUUCAUUCCCCGUGGAGAGGCUCACCCCGGAGUCAUUUUGCAGGAAGCUACCAAGGCUAGGGAGUAUUUGAAGGACCUGGAUGAAGAAACGAAUGUUCAAAUGCCGUCUUUUGACUAG